GCCCGACGCCGGCCCGUCCCCGCGGGCCAAGAGGAGCGCCAAGCUGGCCCCCCGGAACCGCAACAGCACCCUCACCUCCCUCUGCAUCCUCAGCCACUACCCCUUCUUCUCCACCUUCCGGGAGUGCCUGUACAUCCUGAAGAGGCUGGUGGACUGCUGCAGCGAGAGGCUCACCCAGAAGGCCGGCAUCCCCAAGGGCGUGCAGAGGGACACGAUGUGGCGUGUGUUCACGGGAGCCCUGCUGAUGGAGGAGAAGAGCAGCGCUCUCCUGCAGGACCUGCGGGAGAUCGAGUCGUGGGUGUACCGGCUGCUCCGGUCCCCGGUCCCGGCCGCGGGGCAGAGGCGUGUGGAUGUGGAGGUCCUCCCCCGGGAGCUCCAGCCCGCCCUCACCUUCGCCCUGCCCGACUCCUCCCGCUUCUCCAUGGUGGACUUCCCCCUGCACCUGCCCUUGGAGCUGCUCGGCGUGGACGCCUGCCUGCAGGUGCUCAGCUGCAUCCUGCUGGAGCACAAGGUGGUGCUGCAGUCCCGGGACUACAACGCCCUGUCCAUGAGCGUCAUGGCGUUCGUGGCCAUGAUCUACCCGCUGGAGUACAUGUUCCCCGUCAUCCCCCUGCUGCCCACCUGCAUGGCCUCUGCAGAGCAGCUCCUCCUCGCUCCCACUCCGUACAUCAUCGGCGUGCCGGCCAGCUUCUUCCUGUACAAAUCCGAUUUCAAAAUGCCCGACGACGUGUGGCUGGUGGAUCUGGACUGUAACAAGGUCAUCAAGCCCACCAACGCGGAGCUCCUGCCCGUUCUCCCAGAGCCUGAAGCCGUCGAGCUGAAGAAACACCUGAAGCAGGCCUUAGCCAGCAUGAGUCUCAACACCCAGCCCAUCCUGAACCUGGAGAAGUUCCACGAGGGGCAGGAGAUUCCUCUCCUCAACACCCGGGACAAUGCCUGCACACCCUCGACGGAGUUCAACCCCCUCAUCUACGGGAACGACGUGGACUCCGUGGACGUCGCCACCAGGGUUGCCAUGGUGAGGUUCUUUAACUCCCCGAACGUGCUGCAGGGGUUCCAGAUGCACACGCGCACCCUGCGUCUCUUCCCCCGCCCCGUGGUGGCCUUCCAGGCUACCUCCUUCCUGGCCUCCCGGCCCAAGCAGACCGGCUUCGCCGAGAAGCUGUCCCACACACAGGCGGUGGAGUACUUUGGGGAGUGGUCCCUCAACCCCACCAACCUGGCCUUCCAGAGGAUCCACAACAAUGUGUACGACCCCUCCCUGAUCGGCGACAAGCCCAAGUGGUACGCACACCAGCUGCAGCCCGUGUACUACCGCGUGUACGACGCCGGCUCCCAGCUGGCCGAGGCCAUGAGCCUGCCCCAGGAGCUGGAGCGCGAGGCGGACUCAGACCCCACCGAUGACAGUGGCAGUGACAGUGUGGACUACGAUGACUCCAGCUCCUCAUACUCUUCGCUCGGGGACUUCGUCAGCGAGAUGAUGAAGUGUGACAUCCAGGGGGACACGCCCAGCCUGGACCCGCCCACCCACGCUGCCCUGGGAGAUGCCAGCGAGGUGGAGUUUCAGGACUUCCAGGAGUACCGGCUGGAGGUGUCCGACCAGCCCCUGGAGGCCGAGGGCUCCCUGGAUGCCCAGCAGCCCAAGUCCAGCUCCUCUACCACAGCCAGCUCCAGCCCCAGCACCAUCAUCCAGGGGGCCAAUCAAGAGCAGGGCGAGCCAGUUGAUAUGGAGGUGUCCGCUGCCACUGUAGUAUCCAAUCACGUGCCGGGCUUGGGGCCGCAGCCCUUCCCCAAGAUGGGGCAGGAGCCGCAGGAGUGCGAGGUGGCGCCCCCUGGAGACCCAGCGGCGAAACGCAGGGAGUACGACAACCCCUACUUUGAGCCGCAGUACGGCUUCCCCACCGAGGACGCAGACGCAGAAGGGGAGCAGGAAGAAAGCUACACCCCCCGCUUCAACCAGAACCUCAACGGGAGCAAGGGCCUGAAGCCCCCAAGACCCAGCAGCCUGAAGCUCCCUGGGGACUCGGACGGAGAGUCGGAUUCCCACGCCAGCUCGCCCAACUCCACCGUCUCCAACAACAGCACCGACGGGUUCGGGGGGCUCAUGUCCUUCGCCAGCAAUCUGUACAAGAACCACGGCACCAGCUUCAGUCUCUCCAACCUGGCCCUGCCCAACAAGGCUGCCCGGGACAAGUCCACUCCCUUCCCCAGCCUGAAAGGAAACCGCCCAGCGCGGGCCCUGGUGGACCAGAAGUCCUCCGUCAUAAAGCACAGCCCCACGGUCAAGAAGGAGUCCCCCUCCCCACAGGGCCGGGCCAACAACACCAGUGAGAACCAGCAGUUCCUGAAGGAGGUGGUGCAGAGCGUGCUGGAGGGCCAGGGCGUCGGCUGGCUCAACAUGAAGAAAGUGCGCCGCCUGCUGGAGAACGAGCAGCUGCGCGUGUUCGUGCUGAGCAAGCUGAACCGCGCCGUGCAGUCUGAGGAGGACGCCCGGCUGGAGCUCAUCCACGACGUGGAAAUUAACCGGAAGGUGUACAAGGGAAUGCUGGACCUGCUGAAGUGCACAGUGUCCAGCCUGGAGCACUCCUACACCAACGCAGGCCUGGGCGGCAUGGCCAGCGUAUUCAGCCUGCUGGAGAUCGCACGCACACAUUACCAAACCAAAGACCCAGAGAAGCGGAAGCGCAGCCCCACAGAUGGGCCGGGCAGCGGCAGCCCUGGCAGUAAGGACGGCCUGACGCCGCGGGCGGAGAGCGCGCGGGCCCCGGGGCCCCUGCUGGUCCCCCGGCUCCAGCUCCAGCCCCCCGUCCCCGCCGCCGGGAAGGGAGCUCGGCAGUUCGACACCCGGAGUCUGAACGAGGAGAACUUCAUCGCCUCUAUCGAAUUAUGGAGCAAGCACCAGGAUAACAGAAAGCAAAAAGCUAUGGAAAAACAACAGAGGCUGGCGGGUCCCAAGCAGGCUGUCGACCUCGGAGACACGGAUGAGAAGAAGUCCCAGAUCAGUGCGGACAGCGGGCUGAGCGUCACCUCUGGCUCUCAGAAGAGCGACUCGGAGCCCCCGGCCCUCACCAGGAGCACCAGCCAAGAUUCAGAGGCCAGCACAGUGGUGAGUAACAGCUCCGGGGAGACGCUGGGGGCCGACAGCGACCUGAGCAGCAACGCAGGGGACGGUCCAGCCGGCAGGCUCGCCCCCCACCUCACUGUGUCCCGGGGCACCCUGUCCGACAGCGAGAUCGAGACCAACCCCGCCACCAGCGCUGUGUUCGGCAAGACUCACAAGCUGAAGGCCGGCGUGAAGGCCCCCCGGGGCAGUGUGGGCAGGGGGGUGGUGCCUCUGGAGGACGUCAGCAUGAGGAUCUACCUCUGUGAGGGCCUGCUGGGGCGAGACAAGAGCUCCGUGUGGGAUCAGCUGGAGGACGCGGCCAUGGAGACCUUCUCUCUGAGUAAGGAGCGCUCGACGCUGUGGGACCAGGUGCAGUUCUGGGAGGAUGCCUACCUAGACGCCGUCAUGCUGGAGCGGGAGGGGAUGGGCAUGGACCAGGGGCCCCAGGAGAUGAUUGACAGAUACCUGUCGCUCGGAGACCACGACCGCAAACGUCUGGAAGACGACGAAGACCGUCUGCUGGCCACUCUGCUGCACAACAUGAUCGCCUACAUGCUGAUGAUGAAGGUGAAUAAGAACGAUGUGAGGAAGAAGGUGAGGAGGCUGAUGGGAAAGUCUCACAUCGGCCUGACCUACAGCCAGGAGAUCAACGACGUCCUGGAGCGGCUGCCCACCAUGUCGGGGCGGGAGCUCUCCAUCCGGCCCAGCGGGAGCCGGCACAUCAAGAAGCAGACGUUUGUGGUGCAUGCUGGGACAGACACCACGGGGGACAUCUUCUUCAUGGAGGUGUGUGACGACUGCAUCGUCCUGCGGAGCAACAUUGGCACGGUGUACGAGCGCUGGUGGUACGAGAAGCUCAUCAACAUGACCUACUGCCCCAAGACCAAGGUGCUCUGUCUGUGGAGACGCAACGGCCAGGAGACGCAGCUCAACAAGUUCUACACCAAGAAGUGUCGGGAGCUGUACUACUGUGUGAAGGACAGCAUGGAGCGAGCAGCCGCCAGGCAGCAGAGCAUCAAACCAGGGCCAGAGCUGGGGGGGGAGUUCCCUGUGCAGGACAUGAAGACUGGAGAGGGAGGACUCCUGCAGGUCACCCUGGAGGGCAUCAACCUGAAGUUCAUGCACAGCCAGGUUUUCAUAGAGCUGAAUCACAUUAAAAAGUGCAAUACUGUCAAAGGAGUCUUUGUCCUGGAGGAAUUUGUUCCUGAAACUAAAGAAGUGGUGAUCCACAAGUACAAGACUCCGAUGGCCCACCAGAUCUGCUACUCUGUGCUGUGUCUCUUCUCCCUCUGCAGGCCCACCAGAUCUGCUACUCUGUGCUGUGUCUCUUCUCCUACAUGGCCGCUGUCCGGGGGAAGGACACAGAGACCAAGCCCAAGGCACUGUCUCCUCGGCCCCUCACCAGCUAGUCCAUACCCCAAAACCUUCUCCCUGCCCCCUCACCAGCUAGUCCAUACCCCAAAACCUUCUCCUCGGCCCCUCACCAGCUAGUCCAUACCCCAAAACCUUCUCCCUGCCCCCUCACCAGCUAGUCCAUACCCCAAAACCUUCUCCUGUCCCUCACCAGCUAGUCCAUACCCCAAAACCUUCUCCUGUCCCUCACCAGCUAGUCCAUACCCCAAAACCUUCUCCUGUCCCUCACCAGCUAGUCCAUACCCCAAAACCUUCUCCCUGCCCCCUCACCAGCUAGUCCAUGCCCCAAAACCUUCUCCUGUCCCUCACCAGCUGGUCCAUACCCCAAAACCUUCUCCCUGCCCCCGUACUAGCUAGUCCAUACCCCAAAACUUUCUCCUCCUGGUUCCUGACAAGCUAGUCAUUCAUCCAUCCAUUCAUUCAUUAUCCUAACCCGCUUAUCCUGAACAGGGUUGCAGGGGGGCUGGAGCCAAAACCUCCCUUCCCCUACUCUACCCCCCUCUCCCCCUCCCGUCUCCCCGUGUUGUUGAUGCGAGUGGUAGAACAGGGCCGAGCCGGCUGCCCCGGUCCUGUCCCCCCCUGCUCCUGUACCCCCCGACCAUUCAAGCUUGUCUGGUCUCACACCCUCCCGAAGCCACCCCGCACUCCCCCCCUGCUCUCCCUCCCACACCCCCCCCCUCCCCCGCUCUCCCCCACACUCCUCACCUCCAGGUUUACACUCGUUCUUUUAAGUGGAAUAAUGAAUGUACUGCUGAUGCUCCAUUGAUGUUUAUUUAUUUCUUCUUCUGACUGUAUUAAUUAUUUUAACUGGAUAGGAAAAUUAAAUAGCUUACAAUCAGGUCCUGGGCCACCUGGCAAGGAAACAUGCUUCUAAGAGCCUCUAAAAUGCAGCCGACCCUCGAUGUGCAGACUAGCCUCUCUUUGAACCCACCCUCGACUCCCUACAGCUCUUGACUGCAUAAUGGAUAUUACAUGUGCUUUUAUGGUAUCGUAAACCUUAGUCUUGCUAUGUCUAAAUUAAGGAAACAUUUAAAAAGCACAGUUGUGGAGUGCACUAUAGCUUUCUGUUGUAUUAAUCAGUGGGGAGUUGUAAAUGUCUUUCCACAUUUUGCCUGAAUGCUGCAGGGACUGCCAGAAGGAAUAACGUAAUUAAGACAAUGAAAAUAGUCAUUACGACCAAUUGUCUCGUUUAAGGUCUUCAUUCAAUUCCUAUAUUGUGAUUGGUCAAAGAUGUGUGCAUCUCCUAAGCUUGCCUAGCAAGGUUUAUCUACUGUACUAGUUAUAACGUUUGUGUCUGUGGUCAGCAGUAUUGAAUUGCAUGUUACUAAGAAAAAUGUUUGAAAAAGAAAUGCUGUACAUUUCACUGCAAAUGCUACAAUUCAAUCCAGCUGUUGUUUGUCCACUAGAUGUGCAAUACUUUAGGGUAAUGGGUCAAAGACUGAUUGGAAAUUAAAUUACUGGCCUCUUGCAUUUCUCAAGGGUAACACCGUGAAGUCGAUGUGUCUGUAUAAAAGAGAGGCGAAUAUGAAUAUAAGGAGAUAUUUCUUAAUCUAUUUAUAAAUAGGUAACAACUGUGUUUGGAUAUUCUAUCUCCUUGAGAUGUAAAACUGCUGUUAUUUUCAGUCCUGUUGUAAUGUGUAUGUUUGUAGUGGAGAAAGGUCCGUCUGUAAUUGCUCCCAUAACGUUUGGAAAAUCUUAGCCAUAGGAUUUGUGGUUUUCUUCUUAGAUUUUUUUUUUUUUUUUUUUUUUUUUUUCAUCUGAGUUUUUAAAGCAAGAAACUACUGAUUACUUCUGUAUAGUCGUUGCACAUCAUUGCUACUUCCAGGAGUAACAAUUCCUUUAGAAUUUGCAAUGCUGAAAAGUAGAUGUGGUGUAAAUAUAAGAAUUGAAAUAGAUCGGCUCAGGUAAAGGAAGAAUUUCCAAACUCCGAUGUUUGGAACGGGGGAGGGUGGGACAGUCGUACAAUAUUCUAUAUUACGGUAAAUAAUAUUGAAAAUGUCUGUAACUUGUUUUGAAAAUAUGAUCGUCCAUGUCUGCUGCUGUCGAGAGGGAAAUGAAACGCAAAAUGAGUUGUAAAUAUUUCAGUGUUAAAGUAUUUAUAGAAGAUGUACAGCUUUGGCAAUAUGAAAAUAAAACACGUCCAACCUGA